UUUGCGCCUAGUUGCAUUCCAACAAAAUUGUAGUAACACGUCAUUCCGAGGAUACAGGGCACUGACUGUCUGGGAUCCGGUUCAUCCAUUUACCGAUAUUAGUGUCUAUAUCUCCACCUAAGUUUCGACUUUAUAGAAAAACAAACACUAAAAGCACAUUCCAUUGCCACGAUCGUGCUGAGGGGUUCGUUUCGUUUUUAAGCUCCUUUGAGGUUCCAUGGCGACGUACCAGGAGUUUAUCCAGCAGAACGAGGACAGGGAUGGUGUGCGCUUCAGCUGGAACGUGUGGCCUUCGAGUCGACUGGAGGCCGCCAAGAUGGUGGUGCCCCUCUCCUGCCUUUUCACCCCCCUAAAGGAGCGUCCGGACCUUCCUCCAGUCCAGUACGAGCCUGUGCUCUGUAGCAGACCCACCUGCAAGGCAGUCCUCAACCCACUCUGCCAAGUUGACUACAGAGCCAAGUUAUGGGCAUGUAACUUUUGUUUCCAGAGAAAUCACUUUCCCCCUGCAUAUGCAGGGAUAUCAGACAUCAAUCAGCCAGCAGAAUUAAUGCCACAGUUUUCUACUAUUGAAUACAUUGUACAGAAUGGCCCCCAGACCCCUCUGAUCUUCCUGUAUGUUGUGGACACAUGCUUGGAAGAGGAAGACCUUCAGGCUUUGAAGGAGUCCUUACAGAUGUCUCUGAGUCUCUUGUCUCCCAAUGCCUUGGUCGGCCUGAUUACUUUUGGCAGAAUGGUACAGGUCCAUGAGCUGAGCUGUGAGGGUAUAUCAAAGAGCUAUGUGUUCAGAGGAACCAAGGAUCUUUCAGGAAAGCAGAUACAGGAAAUGUUGGGUCUCACUAAGCCAGCAGCACCAGUUCAGCAAGGAAGACCAGCGCAGCCUCAGGAUCACUCUGUCUCCAGCAGAUUUUUACAGCCUGUGCAUAAGAUUGACAUGAAUUUGACAGACCUCCUUGGUGAGCUUCAGAGGGACCCCUGGCCUGUGCCGCAGGGAAAACGCCCCCUGCGAUCUACUGGCAUUGCCCUAUCUAUUGCUGUGGGCCUGCUUGAGGGUACUUUCCCGAACACAGGAGCUCGCAUUAUGCUCUUCACUGGUGGCCCUCCCACCCAAGGCCCUGGCAUGGUGGUUGGAGACGAGCUGAAAACCCCGAUCCGCUCCUGGCAUGACAUUGAGAAGGAUAAUGCCAGAUAUCUGAAAAAGGCCACAAAGUACUAUGAUGCUUUGGCCAACCGUUCAGCAGUGAAUGGUCACUGUAUCGAUAUAUAUGCCUUUGCUUUGGAUCAGACUGGACUAUUGGAGAUGAAAUGCUGCUCCAAUCUUACAGGGGGUCACAUUGUGAUGGGUGAUUCCUUCAACACCUCCCUCUUCAAGCAGACAUACCAAAGGGUUUUCACUAAAGACUACAAUGGUGAAUUCCAAAUGGCUUUUGGAGGAGAAUUAGAAGUUAAGACUUCAAGGGAACUGAAGAUUUCUGGAGCUAUCGGUCCGUGUGUCUCUCUAAAUGUAAAGGGGCCAUGUGUGUCUGAAAAUGAAACAGGUUUGGGUGGCACGAGUCAGUGGAAGAUCUGCGGCAUCAAUCCAUUCACGACACUGGGAAUGUAUUUCGAAGUUGUAAAUCAGCACAAUGCACCAGUCCCGCAGGGUGGGAGAGGAGCCAUUCAGUUCAUCACACAGUACCAGCAUUCCAGCACACAGAAGAGAAUCCGAGUUACUACAAUAGCUAGAAACUGGGCAGAUGCCCAGUCCCAGAUUCAGCAUAUUGAAGCUGCAUUUGAUCAGGAGGCGGCAGCAGUGCUGAUGGCACGCCUGGGGGUUUGCAGAGCACAGUCUGAAGAGGGUCCUGAUGUUCUUAGAUGGCUCGACAGGCAGUUAAUCAGACUGUGUCAGAAGUUUGGACAGUUCCAUAAAGAUGACCCCAACUCCUUCAGGCUGUCGGAGUCAUUUUCACUCUAUCCACAGUUUAUGUUCCACUUGCGGAGGUCCCCCUUCCUUCAGGUGUUCAACAACAGCCCUGAUGAGUCUUCGUAUUACCGGCAUCACUUUGUGCGACAGGACCUGACUCAGUCACUGAUCAUGAUCCAGCCUGUCCUUUACUCCUACUCCUUCUAUGGGCCCCCGGAGCCUGUGCUUCUGGACAGCAGCAGCAUCCUACCAGACAAAAUCCUUCUGAUGGACACCUUCUUCCAACUUGUUAUCUACCAUGGCGAGACUAUUGCACAGUGGCGUAAAGCAGGCUACCAGGAGAUGGCAGAGUAUGAAAACUUCAAGCAGCUUCUUCAGGCCCCGCUGGAUGACGCUCAGGAAAUCCUUCAGACACGCUUCCCAAUGCCUCGAUACAUUGAUACAGAACACGGGGGCAGCCAGGCUCGAUUCCUUCUUUCCAAAGUGAACCCGUCACAGACUCAUAACAAUCUGUACGCAUGGGGACAGGAAACUGGAGCCCCGAUCCUAACCGAUGAUGUCAGCCUGCAAGUGUUCAUGGAUCAUUUGAAGAAACUGGCAGUAUCCAGUGCAUUGUGAUUUUUAUGAAAAGUAUUUAAGAAUGUUAUUAAACAAUUGUCAACAUUUCAAAUCCUUAAAUACUGAAUUUAAUUCUCUUAGCCCACAUGAACUGUGAAACUAUUUAUUGUUCAGUGGUAACGGGAAGAACAUCAUUCCUUUGUGGAGUUGGAAAAGAUAAAAUAAUUAUAUUUAUAUAAAAUGUUUUGAAACUAGUUUAUUUAAGAGAAUCCGACCACCUUUAUACAUUCCUCAUGCCUUUUUACAUUACUUGCGUGAAGUUUUUUUUUUUUUAAAAGACUUGAUCAUAAAUGUUAAACAGCUGUUCUUCAAUUUAAAUUCAUAUCAUUUUUUUUCCAGUGUCUUCCAGUGUCACAAACAGCAGUUUAUUAGCAUGUGUGUUGAACUUCAGCACUCACUAACCUUUGUAGUUUUGAGGAAAGAAAUUGUACUGUCUAAAAAAGGUAACCUCCCAGCAAUGUAUAAUAACUUUAGUAAAAUGAUUUAUUUCAUGUUGUCUUUCAAUGCGCUUGCAAAAUGUGUUAAUUUGCUGUUACCUGAAGGACUUUAGCUGUCCACAGUAGCAAAUGUACAGCAUUAUAAGCUACAUGGAAAUACAGUAUGUAAGGGUCCAAUUUCUCUUAUUUUAUUAUUGUGUCCGAACACCAUUUUAUAUAGGUAAUCAUAUUCUUGAAGUGUUGUUUCAUUCCAGAUGUAAUGUUUAUCUGUUUCUCUUUUUUAUACUGAAAAGCUCUCUUCUAUAUUUUAACAUAAAACACAUUCAUGUUUGCUUUACUUUUUAACUGGAAUUAAAUGAUUACAUAGCUGCA